GUCCAAGCCGCAAGCCGGGGUUUUGACGCUGACCCGGGGAAGUGCUUGGGCGGGAGACCGCGGCCGGAAGGAUGAUGCACCUCCGCGGGCGCUUCCGGCCAAGGGCCGUCAACACCCUGUGGAGAAACCUGAACACCGGCAUCCUGAAGGAAGGUGACAAUGAGAAGCGUGUCAGCAUGGUGCCCUCCGUUGCGGAGAAGCUCAUUGGCAAGGGCUACAAGAUCAGCGUGGAAGCUGGCGCCGGUGCGAAGAGCGGCAUCCCCGACGCGGCCUACGAGGCGGUGGGCUGCUCUGUGACGUCGCGGAACGCGGUGGUGAGCAGCAGCGAGCUGCUCUUCGCCAUCAAUCCGCCGCCAGAGCAGGAUCUCGGGGGCAUGGCAGGGAAGAUGUUGGUGGCCUGGGUGGGGCGUCGACUUCCAGAGGGCGAGAAGUAUGUCAAGGCUGCUCAGGACGCCAAGGUGACUUUGGUGGACACCACCUCGGUGCCGCGCAUCACCAUUGCGCAGAAGAUGGACGUGCUGUCCUCCCAGGCGAAGUGUGCGGGUCAUCGAGCGGUUCUGGAAGGCGCCUACUCCUUCGAGCGCUUUUACCAAGGCGAGAUCACCGCGGCUGGGAAGUACCCGCCCUGCCAUACCAUGGUCCUGGGCAUCGGUGUUGCCGGCCUGGCCGCCAUGGGCACUUCCAGCGCCCUGGGAUCUGUGGUGCGUGCCUGGGACGUGCGUGACGUGAGCGACCAGGUCAAGUCGAUGGGCGGCAAGUGGAUCACAGUGGACUUCAAGGAAGAUGGCGCCGGCGCGGGGGGUUACGCCAAAGAGUCGAGCAAGGAGUUCCAGGAGGCGCAGAAGGCCACCUUCCACAAGCACUGCAAAGAGGUGGACAUCGUCAUCUCCACUGCGGCUAUCCCCGGCAGGAAGUCGCCAGUCCUGAUCGAGGAAUACAUGGUGAAGGACAUGAAGCCCGGCAGCGUCAUUGUGGACCUCGCGGCGGCAGGCGGGGGCAACUGCACGCUGACCAAAUCGGGGGAGAAGUACACCACGGAGAACGGGGUGACCAUCGUGGGCUACACGGACCUCGCGGGGCGCAUGGGCGAGCAGGCCUCCUCCAUGUAUGCAACCAACAUGAUGCACAUGGUGAACCACGUGACCGGCAAGGAGGGCGCAUCAGCAUUCCUUUCCAACAUUGAGAAAGCCCUCGCAGACGAGAAGGGUGACAUCGUGGUGAAAUCCAUCAUCUGCUGCAAGGAUGGCAAGCCCGUUGUGGCACCUCCUCCUCCGGACCCCACGCCGGUGAAGAAGAAGGAGCCAAAGGCAGCCAAGGAAGCUGUUGUCAUCGAUCCGGAGAAGGAGGCCCAGCGGACCUCCCUGGCCGUGGCCGGCACCUCCGCUCUGGCGGUGACCGCCUCCCUGGGCGGCGACCCAGGCUUCAUCAACAUGUUGAACACCUUCGGACUUGCCGGUGCGGCCGGUUACCAGGUGGUGUGGGGAGUGAGCCACGCGCUGCACACGCCUUUGAUGGCGGUGACCAAUGCCAUCAGCGGCCUCACCGCGGCGGGAGGUCUGAUGCUGAUGGGCGCCGGCGGGCCGCCGCUAGCACAGGGCCUGGCGCAGGCGUCCGUGGCCAUCUCCGCGGUGAACAUCGCGGGAGGCUUCGUGGUCACGAAGCGCAUGCUGGACCUCUUCCGAAAGCCCGGGGAGGCAGACUACACCACGAUCUACCUCAUGCCGGCGGCAGGCCUUGCAGUGGUGCCUUUCGUGCUCACCUCUGCCGCACCGACUGUGGGCACUCUCUCAGGCCUCAUGGCCAUCAGCGCCAUCGGGGGCCUGUCGUCUCAGAAGACUGCGCAGUUCGGGCUGGCACUGGGUGUGACUGGCGUCACAGGCGCCAUGUCCAUGACCUUGGCAAGCCUGCCGGCUGGCCAGUUGGCCCCGGCGCUCGGCCUGGUGGCUGCUGGCGCUGCGGGCGGCUUCCGUCUGGGCCAGGUGGUGAGCCCCAUGGCGCUGCCCCAGACAGUGGCGGCUUUCCACUCCCUGGUGGGCGCGGCCGCGGUGGCCACCUGCCUUGGAAGCCACUUGAUCCACCCGGAUGCCUCUUUGGGGCACAAGGUGGGCGCCAUGCUGGGCAACGCCAUUGGAGGCAUCACCUUGACCGGCAGUCUGGUUGCCUUCGGCAAGCUGAACGGAAACCUCAGCUCGAAGCCCUUCAACCUGCCCAACAAGAACAUGCUGAACAUGGGCAUGGCGGCUUCGCAGGUGGGCAUGCUGGGCAUGUACUGCGCAUCCAGCUCCCCGGGCUUGGGCACUGCGCUCAUGUACAGCACCACGGCGUUGUCCUCCGCCAUGGGCGUGCACUUGGUGGGCAGCGUGGGAGGAGGCGAUAUGCCUUGCUGCAUCACCGUGCUGAACUCCUACUCCGGUUGGGCCUUGGUGGCUGAGGGCAUGCUGCUGAACAGCCCCACCCUGACGGUGGUGGGCUCCCUCAUCGGCUUCAGCGGAGCCAUUUUGACGAAGAUCAUGUGCGAUGCCAUGAAUCGAGACAUCAUGAACGUCAUCUUCGGCGGGAUGAGCGUGGCGCCCCCCAAGAAGGAUGGCACCGUGGAGGAAGUCAAGGAGCACCGGGAGACCAAGCCGGAGCAGGUGGCUGACAUGCUCUUGGACUCCAAGGAGGUGAUGAUCGUGCCGGGUUACGGUAUGGCUGUGUCGCAGGCCCAGCGUGCCGUGGCAGACAUUGCCACGUUUUUGAAGGACAAGGGCAUCAACACGCGCUUCUCCAUCCACCCGGUGGCGGGCCGCAUGCCGGGGCAGAUGAACGUGCUCCUGGCAGAGGCUGGCGUGCCAUACGACUGGGUCUUUGAAAUGGACGAGGUGCAGGACGAGAUGCCCAACGUGGACACGUGCUUGGUGGUAGGUGCCAACGACAUUACCAACGAGGCAUCUGAGGUGGAUGAGGACUGCUCCAUUUAUGGCAUGCCGGUGAUCAAGGUGUGGGAGGCCAAGAACUGCGUCUACCUCAAGCGCUCCAUGGCUGGAGGCUACGCGGACAUCGAGAACCCCGUGUUCUUCCGGGAGACCACCCAGAUGCUGCUAGGCGACGGCAAGACCAGCUGCGAGGGCAUCGCGGCAGCCCUGAAGAGCAAGGGCUGAAUCAGCUAGGCUGCGGGGCAGAGAGGGACCGUGGCUCCCUGUGAAACGACCGAGAAGUUGCGUUAUAAAGGGUUGCACAUGUACGCCCUUGGUGCAUGCAAAGACAUGAACACCUGGCCGCUCGCUGACAGCGCAUUUGAGAUCUGAACACUUUGAGUGUGUCAUCGAUCGAAGGCAGGCGUCAUGCUACUCCGUGCACUCCGUAGGCGAGAGGAAGACCAGGGAAAGCGCAGA